AUGAGUAAUUCGUGCUAUGAAAAUAUUUCCGAUCUAUCGCCGACGAAAAUCGGAUUACGAGCGGGGUAUUUAGCGAUCAUCGGAUUCUUUGGAAUAGUGGGAAAUAUAUUCUUAUUGAUUUCAUUAUUUCUUGAUAAGAGAAAAAAAUCGGCUAUUAAUUAUCUAGUUAUUAAUCAUACCUGCUUAGAUCUAUUGCAAAGCGGCGUAAGAUUACCCUUGUAUAUAGUCAAUAUAAUCAUGAAUAGUAAUGGCUUAGGUUAUGAAUUAUGUACCUUCCAUGGUUUUAUUAGCGGUAUAUAUUUUAUUGGUACCACUUAUACCUUGACGGCGAUGGCUAUCUUUCGUUAUUUGGUUGUGUGCCAAUCACCAGCAGUUAAAUUAGCUCCUAGGCAUGCAAUUUAUGCCAUCGUUCUUGUCUGGAUCAUUGCUAUUAUCAUGUGCUUACUACCUUUUUGGGGUUUAAGUCAUUAUGAUUAUAAUAUUAUUGAAAGAUCUUGCUUACCAACCUGGAACGAAGGCUUAGCAAAUCAAAUUAAUGCUGUUUUCGAAUCGCUAAUUGAUUUCGGUUUGCCAUUAUUGACGACAUUUAUAUGCUAUCUGAAGAUUUAUACCGUCUUGAGAAAAAUUAAGAUGGAUUUAAUGCGUUAUAGAUGUGAAUCUAUCACAGCAAAUACAUGCCAGUAUUCAUCGGAUCGAGCUAAAAAACGUUUUACCUUGACAUUAUCUAUCCUAUUCCUUAAUUUCUUAUUGUGCUUUACUGUUUGGAGUAUCAUUAGUUUUAUUGUUUAUCCUGUGACUGCUGGCACUGCCUGUGUGCCCGAUGAUUUGCACUAUUUUGCUAUAUCAUUAUUAUAUCUUAAUAGUGCAUUAAAUCCAUUGAUAUUCUUUGCAAGAAUGAGAUCAUUGAGGAUGAAGUUUUAUUUUAUAUUGGAAACAAUGACUGGACGUAAACAACCUGAAACAACAUUGGCAACAUCAGGAACAAAACGAAAUAAUACCAUUGAACGAUAA